GGCCGCUUGGCGCGCGGCGCGGCAAAGGAGCUCGGAGGUGCAGCAGGGGCUCUACAGGUUGGGGCGGUGGACUAUGCUGCCCGUCUUCCGCCGCUUUGUGGCGUACGUGGAGGAUCGGAAGCGUCGCCGGCAGACGACCGACCACCACGGCGGACAUUUGCAGUCCUCAGCCACGGCCCGGCGCCGUCGCGGCGCGCUGCGCUGGUGGCAGAACGUGGCAAAGGAGGUGCGCCGGGAGCGGCGGAUGGACACGCCGCGCUGCAGCCCUGAGGAGGCGGACAGGAGGCUGGAGCAGGUUACCCUCCUUCGCCACCGACAUACCAUGCGCCUUUGGCACGAGGCGCUGCUGAUCAAGAAGGCGAGGCUGUGGCAGGACCUUCGCCCGCGCCUGGUGAUGCAGAUCACUGGCCAGUCCACCGUGCUGGCCGCCUUCCUGGCGAUGGCGCGCCGUAGCCGCCGUAGGCGGGAGGCGCGCCAGGCGCAGGAGAAGGUCAGGGCCCUGUGCGACGGCACCCGGCUUCUCCGCAGUUUCGACGAGUGGGCGAAGGCCUACGAGCAUGAAUCCUCCAGCUUCUUUGCCGGGCGCCUGCUUGGUCGCUUCAAGCUGUCGAGGAUCCUGGAGCGCUGGAAGCAACACACCAGCUUCCGAGCUGGCUUCGAGUCCCAUGUCAGCAAGACGUUCCAGGAACUCCAGCGACAGCGACUGCAUCGCACCUUCGAUGGCUGGCGCGAGAGGCUGAAGCUCCGCCGCCUGGUCGCUGGCAUGUGGCUGGAGCGCCGGAAGUCCUGGAGCGGCGCCCUCUUCUCCGCCUGGGGCACCUUUGCGCAGAAGGCAUCCUCGCAGAGACAGCACUUGCGAGCCUUCAAACUGCGGGUGAAGUUCAGAAAGGCCAGCCGGGCAGCCAAGCAGCAGAGGGUCAGGUCCGAUGCCAGCUGGCUGCGGAGGUUCUUUCGGGCCUACGCCCUUUGGGUGCAGCGGGCGCGGCGAUUACAGGCCCGCGCCCGGCCCCUGGCCUUGGCGUUGCAAAACGCGCGGAAGGCCCGGCGCCUGGGCGCCUGGGCUGUGCAUGGUCGGGCCCUGCAUGUUUCCUCCCAGCGCGCUGUCCGCGCGUUCAGGGCCUGGCUGGAGGAGGCUCGGCGGAACAAGGCUUUGUCCUGGGCGUCUCGAUCGCUGGUGUCAGACAGGGUUCUGCGAGCCUGGAAGGAGGGCUUUCAGGGAUUGCAUAGCUGGUUCCUAAGCAGGCGAACCCUGCGGGCAAUGAUCGGAGGACGUCGCACUACGCUCCUCUCCUCUGUGCUCUACUGCUGGGUUGCAGCAUUGCUGCCCGGACGCCAUGCUGCCUCGGAGCUGCAGCGGCGGCUGAGGACGCGGCAGCUGCUGAUCUUCGACGCCUGGCUGCGGCUCAGCGUGCUGAGCCGCAAGCGGGGCGCCCACGCGGAGGCCCUGCAGGAUCGUUCAAGCCGCGUGCGCGGCACAGAGGUGGCCCUCGCCUGGCUGCAGCACGGGCGCCGCCGCGCGGCGGCCGCGCAGCUGGGCGCCGUGCUGGCGCGUGCCAACACCCGCUGGAUAGGGGAGGAGGAAUGGAUGCGCCGCGCCCUGGUGGACAAAAGCCUGCAAAGCGUCUUCCAGCGGUUUGCCGAGGCUCUGGAUCAGCAGGGCUCCGGCCCGCAGGCGCAGGGGUCCUUGAUGAUGCGGGGCACCUUCCAGUCGGUGGUGGCCAUGGUCUGGGCUCGGCAACAACUCUCUGUCGUGCUGGGCAGGCUCCGGGGCUACUUCCAGCCCUGGCUGCUGGGCCUUUGGCCGAAGAGCGCCUGGCCGUUGCUGGCGCCCAACGACCCCUACUUUCUACAGGCAGAAAUCCGGCUCCGCGUCAUGAUGUCCAAGCUGGAUGCGGUACGAGCGCAGGAGCAGGGCCCCGCCAUCUACAAGCUUAUGCAAGGAGACGGGUCACGGUCGGCACAGCGAUUACUUACCUGGCAGGCGCUUGCGGAUUUGCUGGUGGUCCACCAUCCAGGCGUGCGGCAAAACGUGGAGCCGGUGGCGACCAAAGGCGUCGUGGCUUUGCCGCAGUUCGGCAACAUCAGGCUGGAUCCCAAGCAGCGCGCCUGGCUUCUGCCGUUCGGCUGUGGCGAUUUGGCCGGUGGCCCGGACUCGGGCAGUGAGAGUGCGGUGAGCUUUGGCACCCCAGCCUUCGGCAGCGGAGACCAGGCUGCCGGCAUCCUGGCCGCUUGAUCGUCAGGCCCCGUUGCAGGCCUCCAGUCGCUGAUGCGGCCAAAUUCAUCGCGAGGCGGCCACGGAAGAAGUCCGCAUGGCUAUGGCAAAAAGGU